AUGCAUGACGAGCGCUUAAUCGCAGACUCUGCCUUUCUGGCCGAUGUUUGCCACCUACUCGGCGUCACAGUCCUCUUUUACGACCACGCUAUCACAUUUGUGCCCGAGAUCACUCGCAUUUGGUGUCGUCCCAAGACCCGCGGCUCGUACCUCUUUCUCCUCAAUAGGUACUUCGGCUUCUUCGGCGGAGUCACCGUCACAGUGCUCAACUUCUGCGCGAUGCCGAGGGAGACAUGUCAGUCCGUCAACCUCUUCCGCGAGAUAUACAUCGUCGUGACGCAGAUUAUCGUGAGCAUGCUCAUGCUCAUUCGAGUCUACGCUGUCUUUUCCCGCGAUCGCCGGAUACUCGUGGGCUUGCUUUCCUAUGCAGCCGUCGGCGUGGCGUUGGCGGGAUGGGCCCUUUUCGGGCAGACCUCCACGGCUGAACCUGCUGUCGUCAAGUGCUUGGUGUAUACGCCGGAAGCAGACGCUUAUCGUCUCUCCGUCAUCUGGCUCACCAUGCUCGCCUACGAUCUCAUCGUCUUCGUGCUAACGGCAGGGAAGACGGCGCGCGCGGUCCGACAGCCAAGAGCGCCGCCCUUGAUUUCAAUCCUUCUGCGAGACGGCGCGCUGUACUUUGGCGUCCUCUUGAUAUCGAAUGUGGCAAAUGUGUUGACAUACUACAUGGCUGGCCCCUACCUCAAAGGCACGCUCGCGACCGCCGUCAGCAGCCUCUCCAUCACGCUCCUCUCGCGCAUGAUGCUCAACCUGCAUGGAGAGGCGGUGGUUGGUAUAUUCAGCACCGUCGACGAGAUGACGCGGUUUACGACGGUGGCGUGGACGGCGGGCGUGGCGACGAGCAGGAUGGACCCGUAUGGGACGACUGGGAUGGGCAUCGAUGGGGUGGGCUCGCUCUGGGAAGGAAGCUUGCGGAACGAGGAUCCUAUGGAUCCCCGUUUUACCCAUCGGCAAACUCCGGGGGCUCUCACCGUCACCGACGUGCGCACCGACGGGCUCGGAGGCAACGCCUUUCUAUGGACCGUGCUCCACAACCUAUGCAGCGCGUACUCAACGGCUAUGGGCGAAAGAUUCUCCCCGCUAUACGAUGCUCUCCCGAACGUUAUGUUUUUCCUCAAGCACGGCUUAUCGGCGCAGAUGAAGCUCGCGGGACUGGCCGUUCAGUCGAUGUUGAUGGGAAUCUUUGCCACCCUCGUCGUAGCCAUGAUCUAUCUGCUAUCUCGUCGCCCGACCCCUCAGACUGCACGGCGUACGAACCAGCAUGCUCGACGCUGGCUUAUUCUAGGCAUGAGUAUCCUGUCCAUGGCAGCCCUUGGGCAAUGGAUGUGUAUUGUCAUCCGCAGCUUCAAGGCUUUCGUAUUUUGGAAAGGCGGGACGCACGCAUCGUGGUUUUACUACUCGAAUACAGGAGCGAGCGAGGUGACGAGGUCUGCCUUUCACAGUGCGACCAUCGUGGUCGCUGAUCUGUUCGUGAUAUUGAGACUCUGGGUUGUCUAUGAAUACAGAAAGAGGGUCAUUGUCGCGCCUUCCCUCUCCUCGGCGGGGCUGCUAGUCUCGGCUGUGGGAACGGCAUACGCUUAUGCCAAAUAUGAUGAAAAGAGGCCCCAAACGCUCCAGAUCCUUCACAUUUGGAAGAUGAUUCACAAUAUCUUGACGAUCAGUACAAAUAUCUACUGCACGGGAAUGAUAAUCUGGCGUAUCGGACGCGCACACCGCAGGACAUCGGAGUUCUCCUUCGGUAUAUCCAUCAUGGCGAGUGCUUUUUUCGUUGAGCGGCCAUGCUCCCUUUCUGCCGUCACUCUCAUGGCUGAGAGCGCUGCUCUCUACACCUCUGUUGUCCUCGCUUACCAAGUUUCCUACGGCAUGAACCACGUAUCAGGCUACAUCAUUCAAGACUGUAUACCACCGUCCGCCGCACUCGCUGCCGUGCUCGUCCACGCGCGCGCAAUACUGACAAGGCGAUACGAGGAGGCGUCUGAGGACGUGUGGAGCAGUGAAGUGACCGAGCCGAAUCAGAUUGAAGUCAGGGAAAGGAGAGCGGCGUGGGGUGAGGAUCUUGACAUCUAUGGCAAUCUUUCAGUGCAGAAUCAGGCCGAGUGCUCGUCCAGUGGCGAGUCGGUUUUGGAGACGCCCACAGGAGAGUCGACCAAGGUUACGAAGUCGGACAUCGGCACUUGCCGAGUGGCUUCCGGAACUAGGUCGAUCCGCCGCGCGGCUUGUCCUCCACCACCAUGUCGUCUGGCGCUUGUCUCCAUCUCCCUAUAUACGAACCUGCUUGUCUCUGGCAUCACUUCAAACGCAUAA